UUGCAAUUCAAUUCCAGUUCCAUUUGAAUCCUGUCUCAAGUCGUUUGCUCUCUGGUCAUUUCGUUUCGCCUAUCAAUCAUUAUUUUCGUGAAAGUCGCUCAGCCCUACAGUUUCUUCAUUGCAGUUAUGAGUUAGAAUUUGCCGCGGAUGACGCGAGCACUUCAUCUGGCCCAUCUGCAGAUGCUGUACUAACAAAACUGAAAAUUCCCGAAGAUCUUGUACGAUUGGGAAAGCAAGAAAACUGGAGAGUUUUACCUAGGUGGGUCAUUGAUUCUCGAGGUGACUACCUCAUGGAACGUUUACACCGGCAUGACAAUUAUUCCGCUUUCAAAUGCCAUAUCAUCAUGAACUGCACAAGGACUUGCCCAAAGAAGGAUAUCUUGUCACAGCAUCUUUAUCCUGCUAAAGCUCCUGCACCCGAGUCUGCCAAGUUUUAG